AUGUCUUCGAAGCGUAACUCGGAGAAAGAUUUACCCAACGAUGAAGCAUUAGAUGAAGUGAAUAAACACAUCAAAGAAGCUUUCGACAUCCUGAAGCGUGAGACGAACAAACUUCGCAAGGAAAGGAAUGCGUUUGACGAGAUGGCUAAGAAGCUCGAGCAUGUUCAUCUCUCGACGACGCUGAAACCUAAUGUUGGUGGCCAUUUUUUCUCAACUAGUUUGGCGACUGUGACCAAAGAUCCAGGUUCCAUGUUACACGCCAUGUUUUCAGGCAGAUUUGACACAAAAUCCGGCGAGGAUGGAUCUUACUUCGUUGAUCGAGAUGGAACCCACUUCCGCUACAUCCUGAAUUAUCUUCGCACUGGAAAACUCGUGUUGCCUGACGACAAAGUCGUCCGUAAAGAACUGUUGACAGAGGCUGAAUUUUAUCAAGUCGAAGGGAUUAUUAGUGAGAUGAAAGCGAAACCAUUCAAGGAUUCAACAAUUCUUUCAUCAGAACAGUGCGAUAUACUGAUCGACUGGCUAAAGGACACACGCGACAGCCUGAGUGAUGACUACGUCUUGCUGUACAGAGCCUCUCGAAAUGGCUGGGGUGCGUCCAACUUUCACUCCUGUUGUGAUAACAAAGGACCAACAGUUACAGUGAUAAAGAGUGGGAACUACAUUUUUGGAGGAUAUACCGAUGCGCAGUGGCAAUCAGUCCUGAUUAGACUAGAACUGAUUUUAAACGGUCGGUUUUUUUUCCUAGCUAUGUUACAUUAGUGAAUUAGAGAAAUAAGAUGCUUUUGUAACUUUGUCAUCUGGAUUGGACUCUUCUAGUCUUUUAACAAUCGUAUCUUGUUCCUGAUUGUGAAGAAUUAUUGAUCGGUUAAUAACUACUGUUGUCACUUAGACAAACUUGAGUUGCAAAAAUAAACCUUUGAGAAAACUGUGUCUGACUGGAAAUCCGUAAAAGCUCUCGUCGGUGGUAUAUUAACCAGAAAAUGGA